AGGAGGAGGAGGAGGAGGAGGAGGAGGAGGAAGGGCAGCGCCUACAUUUCCCGCCGGCCCCCCGAGCGGCGGGGCGGUACAAAGCGGGCACCGCCCGGCCCGGCAGGUGAGGGGUCUCCGCGGGAGCCGCGAUGCCCUUCUCGGCCGGCUCCGGGGCGGACGACGCCUUCGAUUACCUGUUCAAGAUCAUCCUGAUCGGGGACUCCAACGUGGGCAAGACGUGCGUGGUGCACCGCUUCAAGACGGGGCAGUUCAACGAGAAGCAGCAGAACACCAUCGGCGUCGACUUCACCGUGCGCUCGCUGGAUAUCGACGGCAAGAGGGUGAAGAUCCAAGUGUGGGACACAGCUGGUCAAGAGCGCUUCCGGACAAUAACCCAGUCUUAUUACAGGAGUGCCCAUGGAGCCAUCCUUGCCUAUGACCUUACUAGGAGGUCCACAUUUGAAUCUAUUCCUCACUGGAUUCGUGAAAUUGAAAAGUAUGGUGCUGCAAACUUGGUCAUGAUGUUAAUUGGGAACAAAUCAGACUCACUGGAUAAGCGCCAAGUCCUGUUUGAAGAUGCCUGCACACUGGCAGAGAAGUAUGGGCUCCUAGCUGUGUUGGAGACAUCAGCAAAAGAAGCUCAAAACAUAGAAGAGGUGUUUGUGUUGAUGGCUAAGGAGCUGAUAGCCCGAAAUACCUUGCAGCUUCAUGGAGAGAAUCCUCCAAACAGCAUUUAUCUUGACUCCAGGCCAGUGAUUGCCAGUCCAAGUGUAGAGAAGACCCAGUGCCUUUGUUGAAGAGAUUUUUGGGAACAGAUUUGGAAGUUGUCAUCUUUCUGAGGCUGUUUGAUUUUUAGUUUUAUUCAGCUGAUGAAAGUUUGCUGUAUGGCCUCAAGCCAUCUCUCUGAUAUCGCUAACUUGCAGUUUGGUGCCUAAGUAUCUCCAGAGAUCACUGCUGCUGUUGACAGCACAGGUUAGUUUGAACAUGGCAGCUGAUGUUUUACCGUGAACUUAUGAGCUGAGAGGACUCAGGAAGCUACCAUCCCUUGCCUUAACCAAAGACAACUAUAAAAAUGAUUGCCUUUCCUUAUAUCUUUGAAAGAUUUUUCUGGCUGUGUCAGAAGAUAAAUUUGCACCAGAGCUCUGCAUUGAUUUGAUCCUUCCAAGAUGUGUUUGUUGUAGUGCAAGCUCUUUACCCUUUGCCAGUAGCUUUAAAAUGUCUGGAGUCCUUGGACAGCACUAACCUACAGAUGCCUCAACUUUUGUGUAGGGAAGGUCCUGAUCUCAGGCAUGCAGCCACCCAUCCCCAGGAACUCAAUAUUCGUAUUUGUAAGAGUACACUAAUUUCAGAUCUGUAUUAAGUUCUUCACCAGACAAACUUGGAGACAUCCCUGAGGUUUCAAAGCAGGCAGAAUAUAUUAGGGUCCCAACCAUCUUCCUGGGGUGAAAAUGGUUGUCUUUAACUUUGCUCUCAAACUAUAAGAAUUGUAUUUAGUGGCGACCUGUCUUGCUACACAGAGCUACAAGGAGCACUGAAGCUUUCAAGGCCACAGUAAUGACUUAAUGCUGGGGUGAAAGGACCGUGUUCUUUUCCUAAGCUUGUCUUGCCUUUGAUGUACUGAUCUUAAUCAAAAGCUGGUUGUUGUUUGUGUGGCAGGCCGGUGGCAGUAUGCUUGCAGAUUUUCAAGGGAUUGUACAGGAAGGGAUUCAAGCUCCUGUAAGUCUUGGUGAUGGGUACGAUGGUUUAUUAACAUAACUUGACCUUAGAGCAGUAAGGGAAGGGUAUGGAGCACACCAGCAAGCUACCCCUGGACAGGUACAUAUGCUAUUCCUUUGGAGACUUAGCUGAACAUCGUGGUAGCAGAAGAUUUUGUAUUGCUCCUCCCAAAUGUGAACUCUGCUACUGGGGGGCUUGUUUUUUCUAUGUAGGGAAAACAUGGAGCAAACCCUUCUGGAAAAACUUGUAUGAGAAGCACAAAAAUAAAGUAGAAUGAAUCACUGA